GAGGGAAAAAAACCGAGAUACCGUUGCUUUAAAUUGACAAGCCAAGAAGCCUCCCAACUGAUCGGCUAGAAGGAAAAAAUCAGGACUCGCUUCUCAGCCGGGAGAUCGCUUGGCAAAGAAGAAGAAGAAGAAACAAGACACCUUCGCUUUAAAUUGAAAAGCCAAGAAGCAGCUGCUGGAAGGAGGUUUUUACUUGCAGGAGCGAAGUGACAUUCAGCAGUUCAUUUCUGGGUCAUCUGAACAACAAACUGGAUAAGAGGAGGGAUUCUUAUAUGGUUCUAUGUUUUUGAAGUUUUGGGGUUUGUGCAACACGGGCUUUGUAUUUCUAAAAAGGUUUGGGCGAUUUCCAUUGUGAAAUAUCCUGUCUUGAAUGAGUUUUUUCUGCCUGCUUGUAAAUGGAGCUGAACUUCCGGCUUCUACUUUCUAUUAUCUCUAACUAAUGCUGUAGCAGAACAACCUCUUCUGAAUAUCUGAAAGAGAAGGAAAUUGAGCCCCUCAUCAAUUUUGACAAAAUGCCCAGUGGACAAGUGGAAGGAAUCAUGCCAUCUCAACAUCCGCUGAUUCGUAAUACCUUGCCCCAGUUUGUGAAUCUGGGCUUCCCCCUGGACCAUCUGCUGGAGCAGAUAAACCCUGAUCUGAAAAUCAGGCAGCAGGUGGCUGAGCUGGAAAGCCGCCAGAAGACUUUGGAGAACAUUGUCUCGGUUCUGAGCCGGGAGUUGGGCAGAAAAGAAGAAACCCCUGACAUCAGGGUUGGAGAAGCUCUGGCCAGGAUCCUCUAUCUGGAGGAGAAAGUAGAACAGCAAGAUUCACUCUUGGCUCUGAAAGACGUGAUGAUCAACAGCUUGGUAUCCCGGAUCCAGACCCUGGAACAUACCAGCUAUGAUGGGUGUUUCCUCUGGAAGGUCUCCAGGGUGGGGCGUCGAAUGCAGGAAGCUCAAAUCGGCAAACGGCCUGCCCUUUAUUCCCCCCCAUUUUAUACCAACCGCUACGGCUAUAAGCUCUGUCUGAAGCUUUUCCUGAACGGAGAUGGGACCGGUACUGGAACUCACCUUUCGCUCUUCCUGGUUGUGAUGAAAGGAGAAUACGAUUUCCAGCUGAAAUGGCCUUUCCAACAUAAGGUGACUUUCACUUUGUUGGAUCAAGUCAACAAUCAUCACGUUUCCACCGCCUUCCGUUCCUUGGAGUCCUCGUCUUCAUUCCAGCGGCCCAUCAGUGAAACCAACCUGGCCAGUGGCCUCCCUGAAUUCUACCCCUUGAACUCACUCUACGAACCAGGGACUGGCUACAUCCAUAAUGACACGUUAGCCAUUCAAGCUGUAAUUGGCACAAAGGCUUAAACUAUUGGGCAACCUUCAUCUCAGAUGUGGAGACCAAACUACCAACCCCAGUUGCUCCACUAUGAUGGAAGGUUCCAGAAUAUCUGUCAAAAGAAAGCGUAACACUGCUGCAUUUAUUUUUCCAAUCUCUACUCAGUAAGGCUACAAUGGAGAAAACUCAGUGGAGCUUACUCAACCCCUUCCCUAUCACCCAUUCAACAGCCCAGAGGUUGAAGGACUCCCUAAAGUCUGUGCUCCUAAUGCAAUUUUGAAUCCAUUAAUUUAUUCUAAGAUCUACAUACCACAACGGGAUGAUUAUGCAGAAUCCAAAAUAUUCUGUCAAGAGUGAAAAGGAGAUAUCAACCUAAGGUUUUCGGCUAGAAACCCAUUUCUAAUGUUUGGAAAGGUAAAACUAUUAUCUCUUCACAUCCUUGCCGGAAUAGUUGGACCUAUUGAAGUUUUGUUGACCAUUAAAUAUAUUUGUCUUAUUUCUUA